AUGACAAUAGAGACACUAAGUGCUACAGGAAAACUGAAGCCUCAGUUAGUGUGGCGUAAGUGGACAACAGUGAAACUCAGUGAACUGUAUAAAUUUUUUGGUAUUAUUUUGCAUAUGUGCCUAGUCAAGAAACCAAAACUGUCUGACUACUGGUCAACAAAUCCCGUGUUGCAGUCCUCAUUUGCGGCAAAGUGUCUGCCAAGAGAUAGAUUUUUGUUAAUUCUACGAAUGUUACAUCUCGUAGAUAACGCAACAUAUAUUCCCAAAAACCAGGUAGGUCCCGAUCUUAUUCUUAAGGUAAGACCUAUAUUCGACAGAUGCGUGACCCAAAGUGGAAAGGCUUACAAGCCAGGCGAAAAUAUUACUAUUGAUGAAGGAAUUAGUCCUUUUCGUGGUAGGCUGAGUUUUAGAGUGUAUAUGAAAAUUAAGCCUCAUAAAUAUGGCGUAAAAUUUUUUGUGCUAUAUGAAAGUGGUUACGUUCUGAACUGUGAAAUUUAUUCUGGGAAUCAGUCUAAUGCCGAUAACAGCAUUUUACACAUUGUAGACAGAUUGUGUCUUUCGUUUCAUAAUAAAGGUCACACAUUAUACAUGGCCCGAUUUUACACCAGCCCUGAUUUACUGGAUUAUUUGUGGGGGAAAAGAACUGAGGCAGUUGGUACUGUGCAGAAAAAUAGAAAAGGACUACCAAGGGAUCUUGUUGGCCAGAAAUUGAAAAAAAAAUGA